GAGCGAAGUGGAGAGACAAACUUAACGUCCGAUCUCGCUGGACUGUUGUUGUAAUCGCUACGGGGGUGCGCGCGCGUUUCGAGUAAACAUAUGUAAUUUCGUCUUCCCAGUGGAGGUUAUUCGCGCGGUCGUCGUUACAUUACACAUUGGAUUCGGAAUCAUGAAGUUGGUUUCAUCGAAACGACCGCGACGACGACGCUGGCUGGUGGUGAAUCGUGUGUAACGAGUAACCACCGCGUAGAGGUUACCUUCGCUAGCGUAUAACCCGGUUCCCGAUAAGAUAAGAUAAAAUGCGACGCCGUUAUCAGCGACAGCAGCAGCGGUGGAGUACCCGAACCGAUUCCAAGGUACCUAUAAUGCAACCGAUACGAUCGGGGCUCUCAUUUCGACGGUGGAACGCGAUAGCGAAGAUUGAAGAAUCAACGACGGCGUGCCGCGGCCAAUCGACAUCGGAAGUGUCAGGCCCAGCAGAGAAAAAAAAAACAGCGCAUGGGUGCGCACAGGAUUUAGAGUAACAAGUGCGCAAAAGUGAGUCAUCAUCCCGGUUCCAGUGAUCUGUGAUUUCAAAACUUGUGUAGGAAAAUUAGUUUAAUUACCCGCAAGACAACAAGGAGAAGGCAGUGACAGCAGCACUUAAUUAAGUGAAUUCCAAGACGAUUGUGUGAUGAAUGAUUGAGAAGAAUUUAGUAAAUCUACGAUGAAGAUUCUAGUGAAGUGUUCAAUAGUGGCGAUCUGCCUGGGGUUGAUCUUGGCUACCACCACAGUACGCGCAGCCGAUGAUGACGACGCCAGCAAAAACAGCACAAGCGACAAAAAGGAUAACUCCACCGACAGCAAUGGCGGAGAUCAGUCUUCCAAGGAACCAAGCCCACUAUGCACCACGUGCACCUGCAAAGCCGAGGCGCGCACCUUCGACUGCUCCUCGAUGAAACUCUACAAACUGUUCAACAUGAGCGACUGGGCAACGCUGAACGAAAGCGGAGUCGCUACCGAAACCAUGAUCCUCAGCCGGAAUGGCAUUCCGGAGGUUCCUCAACUGCCCAAGUUAGACGUCAAAGUGUUGGAUCUAAGCUACAACAACAUCAGCGUCAUCGCCAAGAAGGCCUUCUACUACCUGAAGGACCUGGAGGUACUGGAUCUUUCGCAUAACAUGCUAACCCGGAAGACUCUGAUUCCGGAGAUCUUCGAGGGAAGCUACAAUCCGGACGAGUACUUGCCGAUGGAGAAGCUGCGUGUGCUCCGACUGGGCAACAACGAACUGCACGCCCUGGAUCCGGAUCUGUUCGAGCAUUUGCCCGCCCUGGAGGAGUUGAGCCUGAAGGAGAAUGUGUUCAAAAUUAUCGACCAGGGAUCGGCGGUCGCCAUCGGGAGCAUUGUAACUCUGAGGGUGUUGGAUUUGAGCUACAUGGAGCUGGAGGAGCUUCCGAAGCCGAUAUUCCACUCUCCGCAGGGGUUGAACUACUUGAAUUUGACGGGCAACCUGCUGACGGAAAUUCCCGAAGCGCUGGACUACACUAUUAAUUUGAAGUGGCUCAGCUUGGACGAGAAUCCGAUCGAGAGCAUCCAGGGAGAGAAGGUGUUCCCGGCGAUCAAGACCUUGGAGUACCUCAGCAUGUCCUACAUCACUCCACUGAAGGUGAUUGGACGCGGAGCGUUCAGCAAACUGGAAGGUCUGAAAGAAAUCCAUCUCUGUAACAAUCCGGAGCUGACGCAUCUGCACGGGGAAGCUUUCAGCAGGGCCAGUCCGGACGACCCGGUCCGGAUGGAGUGGCCUCGGGUGAAGCAGCUCUACCUGCAUAACAACAAUCUGAGUAUGUUGGACUCGCAGCUGCUGGCCCGGUGGGACGACAUGGAGGUGAUCGACGUUCGGGUCAAUCCGUGGUUGUGCGACUGCGACAACCAGUGGAUGGUGGAGACUCUGCUGCCGAUCAUCGAGAAGACGACCCCGAAGAUCUUGAACAAUAUUGUCUGCGCCGCCCCCGGCCAAAUGAAGGGCCUCUCGAUGGUGGACCUGGAGCACAAGCACAGCCAGAUGCGCUGCCUGGACAAGUAUGGCAACCGGCCGCAGAACGACGGUGCCCUCCUGAUAGGCCUGCUGAUCGGCAUCCUGGCCGGCAUUCCCCUAACCGCGGCGGUCAUCAUGAUCUACCGGCGGGGCUGCUUCGGACUGAUUCGCCGUGGGCCGGCCGAUUUUUCGCGGGCCUUCUACACCCGUGCCACCAACGAUGACAACUUCUAGGACGGAGGAAGUGGUGGAGUGGAUCAACUAUAAUGUGCCAAAUAUGUAGUAAGCGCCCCCGCCGCGCCGUCGCGACGGGGGCGGCCAUUUUCUAAGUCAGGGUUUGUGAUGACAUUUUAGUAGGCUAUGACUUCAUCAGCCGUAGCGCAGUGGUAGGUAGUUGUGAUUAGUGUUAAGACGUGUGUGUAAUGCAGCCAGUUGAACCUUAAAUAAAGAAAUCGAUUACAGGGAGUAUUUCUCUGAAAGUGACGUAGCGGGUGUUUCAUUAUUAAUUCUUAUUAUUUUAUUAGUUUUGACAAGACAAUUUGUCAUUCUCUGUUUUUUACUUAGAUUUUCUUUUUAUGGAAAACUUUUUGUAGUGUAUAAAUAGCGUUUUUCGUUUCUAUUGUUACAGUUUUUGUUUGCCUUCGCACUGUCUCCUUUCCUACUAUACAGCGGCUAUGGGGUAUAUAAUAUAUGUAUAUAAUGUAUAUAUUAAUCAUAAUUCGUAAUAAUAGAGCGUAAUCGGUGAAGUUCCCUUCCCUUGCCUGCGUUCCUAACGUGCGCUCGGACGCCCCCAAAAUCCAUUCCUUGGCCUAAACAAAACCGAAACAGCGGGGAAUUCGGGCCCAACGCGCCCCCAAACGCACGCAUCAUUAGGUAUUGGUGAUAGUAAUAAUCAUUCUGUUACAAAACAAACAAAAAAAAAUCGCUUUCACUAGAUAUAUUUUCCUUCGCUAUCCUACACAUAUGUAGGGGUGUCCCAGGACAACCCUACUCUUGCCACGGAGCUUUCAUUUCCUUCCGCUUCGAUUUUCCUAGCCUACUACCAUUUUUUUUGUUCUGUUUUUGUUUUUUUUUCCUUUUCGCUACAACUGUCAUCGCCAUGGGCAUGGGGGCGAAAUUUUGGUUAGUAACGGUAGCCCCGCCCACUUUCGCCUUUGUUAAUGGUUGUUUGUUUGU